AUGGCGCAAGGUCUCCUCAAAAAACCCACCUCGUCUUCCAAACCCUCUUCAUCAACAUCACAUUCACACCACAACCCGAAAAAGGGCAUCACGAAAAAGGGCGCGGUGCGCAUGAAACCGAAGAAAGCGACGCUGCAGAAACAGGCCAAAAUGACCAAGAAGCUGACGAGUGGCUUGACGGCGCAGACGGAGCGCAUGCUGAGUUUGAAGGCCGGGCAUAUGGAGAUGAUUGGUGGUGGGAAGGGGAGGAAUAAGGGGCAGGAUGGCGGGAAAGAUGGGAAGGGAGGGAAGGGGAAGAAGUGA